ACAAACAGGCAUCAGCUCACUGAGACAGUUCAAAGAAAUCAAAUCAGCUCUGUUCAACUUCGCAAGUCCACUAGUAGUACUACACACAAGUCAGUUUCCACUCCAGCAGCGCAGCAAGAACAAGAAGUAUAGGAGAAGCGAUGGCUGCUCCGGCGAAGGCGUCGUGGAUGGUGGCAAUGAGCGUGGGCGCAGUGGAGGCCCUCAAGGACCAAGCCGGGCUUUGCCGCUGGAACUACGCGCUCAGGUCCAUCCACCGGGCUGCCAAGGCCAGCGUCCGCGGCGGCGUCUCGCAUGGCAAGAAGCAGCUUCCGGCCACCGCGAUGGUGGAGACGUGGCGAGCGGAGAAGGCUGAGGAGGGGCUGAGGACCGUCAUGUACCUCAGCUGCUGGGCCCCAAAUUAGGAGUACUAGUACUUAGGGGUGCUGUGUUUGUUGCAGCUUGUGCUUAUGCGACAACCCCAUGAUCGAUGUAAAUACAACACGAUGAUGAUGAUGAUGAAAGUUUUGGCUAUGAGUUUACAUCA